AUGCCUUCUUAUCCUACCGCUAAAGGCUGGGACUUUGGCUCCGUCUUCGACCUCAUCGAUUCUUCAGACGUACACGAUGUUGGCUCUCCCAAGCUCGAAACACGUACGCCUCCUGUCAGGCCAAGCCUCGCAGCUCCCGAUGGAGGGAUACGAUUAGGCAGCUUUGUGAAGCUCUUUGAAGAUCUUGGCAUUGUAGAUGAUGCGCCACUGCCUCCACUGUCGCUGUCGCCAUCAGACCCGGACUCCUCCGGUAUAAGCAACGCUGGCGAUGCGCUGUUGCCAUCUCCACUUUUCGAACAAGACACAGAUAUCUCCGAGCCUACUGUAGAUACCGAAGAUAUACCGCUUACGUUGACCAAGAAGCAACGCAAGCGAGCUCGUCAGCAGGCCGAGAAAGAACAAGAACAGAACCGCUCUCCCUCCAAACGGAUACCAUCCGAAUCACAACAGACUCCUUCAAAGAAGCCUCGCAGUCGCUCUCCCACCAAACGGAUACCUCCCGAAUCACCCACAAAGACGGUCUUGCCCGCGUCAAUCCCUACGACAUCUCGGCCUACAUCUCCUGUGAAGCAGCUUCGAGCCCAAUCUCGUUCCAACGUAGGGGCUAAGAUCAGACCUGCAACUCCAGUUCCAGUGGUCGAGACAUCGCAAGUCGCCUCCCCACAGAAGAAGGAUCCGGAAACGCCGCCGCCGCCUGUCAAGUCACAGCGUCCCGCACCCAUUCAGCGUGUGAGCUCCACUGCGCAGGUAGCAACACCACAGACGAAGUCUACGCAAGGCCAAACACAAACCGUCACACCCGCUCCCCUCGAGUAUGGUGCAGGCCAUGGCCUUGUACCGCGGACUGUCCGACCUGUUACUCUCCCACGAUCGUCGCAGCCUGUUGUUGCACAGCCCACGACGCCAACACCGGCACCCGUUGCUACUGCUACACCUGCACGAAACUUUACUACUCCCUACAAUGCACCUGACGCGAUUACUGUCAGGCCUUCAGUCGAGCGACACAUUCACUUCCAUAACAAGCUUCUCCGGACUUUUCCCGAAGACGCAAAGUACAUUGUGGCACCGAGGCAGUUGGUCAACGAGAAGACGUUGGCUGAAGGAAUUCAUAUCUUUGUUGAUGCGUCGAACAUCAUGAUUGGAUUCAAGGACAUUCUACGCAAGUAUGGCAUACGCCAACACGAGAUGGCUUUUGAUAGCCUUGCUCUUCUCCUGGAGCGCCGUAGACCAGUUGCAAAGCGUGUAUUUGCUGGUUCACACCGCGAGGCCAACCCUCUGCCGUCUAUUAAGAAGCUUGUCGAGACGUCCAAGUCGGUUGGAUAUGAGAGUAUCCUCCAAGAACAGGUUUUCAUCAGCAGAGACGACUCAGAGAAGAAGAGAUUCUUCGACGACGUCAAAAGGUUGGGCUGGCACAAGGCUCAACAAUUACGUUCUGGCAGCGGCAGCGACUCUGAGACGGGUCCGUCGGUUCCGAAGACGCCCUCCGCCCCGAGAUGGGUAGAGCAGGGCGUCGACGAGAUUCUUCAUUUGAAGAUGUGCCAGAGCAUAAUUGACACCGAUGUGCCGAGCACCAUGGUUCUUGCGACGGGCGAUGGCGCCGAGGCAGAGAUGUCAGAUGGCUUCCUUGCUCAUGUUGAGCGUGCUUUGAAGCGCGGAUGGAAGGUCGAGUUGAUCAGUUGGAGACAGCAGACCAACGGCGGGUACAGGAAUAAGAAGUUCAGGACUAAGUGGGGUGAUCAGUUCAAGAUCAUUGAGCUGGACGAGUUCGUGGAGGACUUGAUUCAUACCGAGUAG